UGCGGCUACUCCAUACUAGAUCGAGCUGUAGCCGGAUAAAGACAGAGAGUUAAGCGAGAUAGAAUACGGAGAUUAAUACAAUCUCUCGCGGUUAGUCAAACUAACGGUCAAAAUCCAGCGAGAAAGGGCGUAAGUUUUUUUCCUUACCUUCGUACCGGCGCUACAGGUGGGUUCUCGUUGGUUCACGGGACGAAUCGAGAGUCGACCACGAAACGGCUACGAGUCAGCCACGUUUCAACGUUCCCCGGCGUACGUUUUUUGCUGCUAAACUAAAUUCCUUUCGAAACUCAUUGCACACCUACGUCGGUGAUUUAGUGAACGCGAAAAAUUCGAAAACAGUGGGGUAAAUAGAGUGUCGCGGAAAAAUGGACGUUUCCAACAAUCGAUUGCUCGAUAUACCUUAUGUCGGAAAAUCGCCGGUUCUCCAUGAGAAUCGAGAAGUUUCUACCCUUCGGGAACUCAUCGAUGCGCUACACGAAGCUUUCGAGACGGACCACGUGAAUAUUGAUUACGUGCAAGAUCUGAUGAGGAGCUACAAGAGCAAUCCCGUGGAUUGGAAGAAAUUCGGCAAGUUUGAUAGAUACAGGUAUACGAGGAACCUUGUUGACGAAGGAAAUGGUAGGUUUAAUCUCAUGGUACUAUGUUGGGGCGAAGGGCAUGGAUCGGCCAUACACGAUCAUGCCAACGCACAUUGUGUGAUGAAAAUUCUCCAAGGACAAUUGUGCGAGACGAGAUACGCGUGGCCUGAUACAUCCAAAACAGAACAUGGUACGCAUUCAUCGGAGGAGUUGAGAGAACUUGAAAGGAAUACCCUCGAUACGAACGAGAUCUGUUAUAUCAAUGAUUCCAUGGGUUUGCAUCGUGUUGAAAAUCCAAGCGCAACCAAUCCUGCCGUUUCCUUGCACUUGUAUUCGCCACCGUUUUCGACAUGUUCCGUGUUUAACAAGCAAACUGGACAAAAGUCGGCGUGCAAGGUCACAUUUUGGUCAAAGUACGGUGAAAGAAGGAAUCGGGAAAUUCAAGACGCCAGAACUCCAGAAGAUAAUUAACAUCAGCAAGGACGGACCACUCAUUUACUGGCAAUAUUUCGAUUAAGCGCAUCCGUAUGGACAUGAUUCGUUUCAAAUAAGCAUUGACAAUAUUUCUGUGGAUAAAAAUAAAUAUUAACGGAGAAAAUUUAGUUAUAUCGCGUGCACGCGUAUAUCGUUAAUUAUUUUUAAGUGCUUAAGUUUAUUUGUGUGCAUAGACAUAAGAAAUUCUGUUGAAUAUUUUGGUGUAAAAUUAACCAUUGCCUUUACUACACCACUUUCUUUACAGAAACAAGUUGUCCUAACACAUGUUAUCGAAUAAAAAUAAAAGACACGUGAACGA